AUGUUUUCGUCCGCGCUCAAAUCUUUCAGCUCCAACAUAUCUUCUCAUUAUCAGAUCUCGCCCGAUCCUGCUUUUAUUUCAGGUCCAUGGAGAGUCCACGACGGCAAGAAGAAAUCAACCGACACUGCGGCUUCGAUCUUUAUCUUUGACAGGAAACUCCUGGACCCAAAGGCGGGUGGCUUUGGCGGCCGCUCGGCGUCCUCAUCACUUAAGAAAAUCCACGAUGAGGUGGUCGAGAGACUCAAGCGUGAAGUGAGCAGUCUCACCCGCUUACGCCAUCCUUCCAUUCUGCAGGUGUUGGAGCCCGUCGAAGAGACUCGAAAUGGCGGGCUCAUGUUUGCCACGGAGCCUAUCACCGCCUCUCUAGCCGGUCUCCUGCGCGAAAAGGACGCCCAAGAAGGGGGAUCAAGAUCCAGUCGCUUCAUGGUAGAGUCUGCAGAUGGAUCGAGGAGACGACGGGAGGUGGAGAUUGACGAGAUCGAGAUCCAGAAAGGAUUGCUUCAAAUUGCAAAGGGACUAGAGUUCUUGCACGAGUCUGCUAGUCUGGUGCAUGGUAACCUGAAUCCGGAAGCCGUCUUUAUCAAUGCCAAAUCAGACUGGAAGAUUGCCGGAUUGGCGUUUGCUGGGCCUCCCGACGGCUCAGCUGCGCAGUCUUCUCUCCCGCCAUUAGCUCUUUCAGAAGUUCUCUACCAGGAUGCUCGGCUACCUGCAUCGGUCCAAUUGAAUUUGGAUUACGCCUCGCCGGAUUUUAUCAUGGACACAAAUGUGACGACAUCUGCUGAUCUUUUCUCCUUGGGACUGAUUAUUGUUGCCAUCUAUAAUUCUCCACAUGUUUCCCCCAUCCAGUCUCAUUCCAACAUCUCUACAUAUAAAAAACUCCUCAGCACUCCUUCAACGACCCCUUCUCAAAGUAACAGCUUUCUUUGCAAACAAACCAUUCCAAAGGACCUCGUGGCUCAUGUCCUUCCCAGACUGAUUACAAGACGGCCUGCCCAACGCUUAAACGCGCGUGAGUUUCAACAGUCCCCGUACUUUGACAACAUUUUGGUAUCUACGAUUCGAUUCCUGGAAUCUUUGCCUGCAAAGACUCAAAACGAGAAAUCCCAAUUUAUGCGGGGCUUGCAGCGCAUCAUCCCCGAAUUCCCAGCAUCUGUGCUGGAAAAGAAGCUUCUCGGAGCACUCUUGGAGGAGACUAAAGAUCGUGAUUUGCUGGCAUCUAUCCUGCAGAAUGUUUUCCACAUAUUGAAAAAGCUUCCAAACGGACGUCGUGUGUGCCCGGAAAUUAUCAUUCCAAAAUUAAAAGAGAUAUUCCUUGUCAGUGGCAGCAAGACUCCCGUGCAAGAAAGGGACAGCAAUCGAGAUGCUGGGCUUAUGGUCGUGCUCGAGAAUAUGCAAGUUAUAGCAGAUAACUCUUCAGGCAAAGAGUUUAAAGAAGAUAUUCUUCCUAUUGUCCAACUGGGAAUGGAAUCUUCUACGCAUUCAUUAAACGAUGCAGCUAUGAAAUGUCUGCCCGUCAUGCUUCCAGUUCUCGAUUUUAGCACAGUCAAAAAUGAUAUUUUUCCGCCAAUUGCAGCAACAUUCAGCAAAACAAACAGUCUUGCUAUUAAGAUUCGCGGUUUGGAAGCAUUUGUUGUUCUCUGUGGAGGCUCUCUCGACAAAGAUACUGAGCAAAAAGACGACCUUUCAGGUGUAAUCGAAGACAAAAAGACGACCAGGGCGACUCCCACAUCGAUACUUGACAAGUACACUGUGCAGGAAAAACUAGUUCCACUUUUAAAAGCCAUCAGGACCAAGGAACCUGGUGUCAUGAUAGCAGUCUUGAACGUAUUCCGACAGGUUGGAGGACUCGUUGACACAGAAUUCAUUGCCAUGGAGGUACUUCCUGUUCUGUGGGCGUUCAGCCUGGGACCGCUGUUGAACUUACAGCAAUUCGAGCAGUUCAUGUCGCUCAUCAAGUCUCUUUCAACCAAAGUCGAACGCGAGCAGGUUAGAAAACUCCGGGAACUUUCUUCCAGAAGCGAUUCUGCCACUCCCCGCCAGUCCAUGGGUGGCGGCGCCUUCGCAAUCAGUGAGACGCCCGGCGUGAGCGAAACGUCAAAUGAUUUUGAACAGCUAGUCCUAGGACGUAGCGGUGUGAGCAAUGCAAAUGGCAAUGGUGGUUGGGACAACUGGAGUUCCGACACUGCAGCAGCAAAGCCGGCAAGCCAAGCCACCUCACCAGGGUUCUCGUGGUCGUCGAAUCAACCGCAGUCUACUAACAAGGCGACGAGCGCGGUUUCCAUGUCAAGUGCCUUUUCAUCAAUGGGGCAUACGUCUCGGUCUGUAACUCCCGAUUCCAGUACCAGUGCCUUUCCUUCGCUGGAGGCCAGCCGACCGACACCUUCUAUGGGGACAGCUAUGAGAACAGGGUUCCCUACCUUGCAACCCUCAGCUCCAUCCACUCCAUCUUGGAACCAGCCACAGCCACAAUUAGCGAACCGCCCACCCCUUUCGCAAUGGGGCAGCACUUCGUCUUCCGGCGGCUUGACGAGCCAGACGCCCAGUGCCUUUGGGCAGGCUGCUCAGCCAACAACUAAUUACUCGUCCUUUUCCAUUCCCCCGCCGCCUGUCUCUUCUGUGAGCCAAUCUCCCCAGCAAUGGCAGCAGCAACAACAACCAGCGCAGCCGAAUAUAUGGGCAUCAGCUGCUCCGAGCUCUUCUCAAGCACAACCGGCCGGGCAGCAGCAGAAGAAGCAAGGCUUCCCUACUCUCCAGCGACUGUCUCAACUUCGCCAUCACACGACACAACCCAUUGCUGCUACGACACCACCAGCCAUGGAUCCGAACGUCAGAAAGCACUACUUGGCCGACUCGCCGCCUUCUGUCGUGAGGCUCGAGAUCAAACCUCACUUUGAAGCUUUGCAAGAUGAAAAGACCAAGCGCUAUGCCCACUUUAUGAGCAGAGCCGCAUUUCAGGGCACUCGUGUUGCCUUGCGUCAGACUUCUCCCGAAUCCGAGCCCAUUUUCAACCUGAUCAUUGCCCUCUACAAAACAGUCAACGGCGACUGGAACAGCCUCACCCAGAAAGCCGGAGUCAGUGCCCAGGAUCUACAGUACUUCCUCGAGUAUGCAGCCCAAUUCCUCGGCAACUGCGGAAACUACAAGGGAUUCGGGGAUACGAAAUUCAUUCCAAGACUCGACGCCGAUAAAUUCAGGGCUCUCGCAUCUGUUACUCCUGAGACACAGGCUCUUUUCGAAAAGGCUAGCAGCACCGGAGGAGGAAUUUACGAAACAAGUGAGGUCGGUCUGAUGCACCUGGGCUACCCAGACCACGGACACUUGACUACCUAUUACCCCGACUCGCCAGAUAUCAAGAAAGCCGAGAUCCAAGCCGUUGGUGAUUUCCUCGAGAAGAAAGGCCUUCCACUAGAGAAUACGAGGUUGAGGAAGACUUCUGCUGGGGAUUUCGAACUUCUCAUCGCUUCCGGCUUGUCCGCACCCCCGGUUCACGACAGAGACCUUGGAAAUGAGAGCUCCUUCGAUCUGGGCGGUUCACUCGCUGGGAAGAAAUUGAGCUUGGUCUUUGGCGAUUACCAGAACGAGAUGUCGAAAAUUGCACACAAUAUCAAGCAAGCUGAAUUGAAUGCGGCAAAUGACACGCAGAAACGCAUGUUAGAGCAAUAUGCCAAGUCAUUUGGAACUGGAUCCAUCGAAGCGUACAAGGAAAGCCAGCGUCUAUGGGUGAAGGAUCAGAAGCCAGCGGUAGAAACUGAUAUUGGCUUUGUCGAAACCUACAGAGAUCCUCACGGCGUGCGAGGAGAAUGGGAGGGAUUUGUGAGCAUGGUCAACUUGCCCCGUACCAGGACUUUCAGCGACCUCGUCAAUGGUGCGACCGAAUACAUUGUUCGUCUACCAUGGGACAAGGAAUUUGAAAAGGACAAAUUUCUCAGCCCAGAUUUUACCUCUCUUGAAGUUAUGACUUUUGCUGGAUCAGGUAUUCCAGCGGGUAUUAACAUUCCCAACUAUGAUGACAUUCGACAGAACCUCGGUUUCAAGAAUGUAUCACUGGGAAAUGUCUUGAGUGCUAAAGCUCCAAACGAAAAAAUCCCAUUCAUUGCCGCCAAGGAUCUUGACGUGUACCAAAAGUACCGUGAUGGCGCUUUCGAAGUCCAAGUCGGUCUUCAUGAGCUACUUGGACACGGAACUGGCAAGCUCCUCCAAGAAACUGCUCCCGGUGAAUACAACUUUGAUGUAUCGAACCCACCGAUUAGCCCGAUUGACAACAAGCCUAUUUCCACCUGGUACAAACCCGGCCAGACGUGGGGCUCAGUCUUUGGAGCCAUUGCUUCCUCAUACGAAGAGUGUCGCGCCGAGUGUGUGGCCAUGGCUUUGUCUUGCGAUUUCGAUAUUCUGAAGCUCUUUGGAUACGGUGAUGGCACCAAGGAUCUCUCCGGAGAAGGUGGAGAUGUGCUGUAUGUAGGCUAUCUGCAAAUGGCUCGGGCUGGAGUCGCUGCUCUCGAGUUCUGGGACCCAAAGAGCCAAAAAUGGGGACAGGCUCAUAUGCAAGCGAGGUACAGCAUCCUGCGAACAUUCCUCAGUGCUGGCGAUGAUUUUGUAAAGCUAGCCUACACCAAAGAGGACCUAUCAGAUCUUGAAAUCCACCUUGAUCGGUCCAAGAUUCUCACGCACGGACGACCUGCCGUGGAGAAAUACUUGCAGAAACUGCACGUCUACAAAUCCACUGCUGACGUUGCCGCUGGCACUAAACUCUACGAUGACAUUACUUCAGUUGACGAAUGGUGGGGAACCAAAGUGCGACCUGUCGUGUUGGAUAAAAAGGUCCCCAGAAAGGUGUUUGUCCAAGCCAACACGCAACUGCAGGGCGAUAAUGUGGUCUUGAAGGAGUAUGAGCCAACUCUUGAGGGGCUGAUUCAAAGCUAUGCUGAGCGUGACCUCUAA